CAUCCCAUCCCCAGCCCACCAGGCACCAUGGCGGCCUUGAUCGCAGAGAACUUCCGCUUCCUGUCUCUCUUCUUCAAGAGCAAGGAUGUGAUGAUUUUCAAUGGACUGGUGGCCCUGGGCACGGUGGGCAGUCAGGAGCUGUUCUCUGUGGUGGCCUUCCACUGUCCCUGUUCUCCCGCCCGGAACUACCUGUACGGGCUGACGGCCAUUGGCGUGCCUGCACUGGCACUCUUCCUUAUUGGAGUCAUCCUCAACAACCACACUUGGAACCUAGUCGCUGAGUGCCAGUAUCGGAGGGCCAAGAACUGCUCAGCCGCCCCCAACUUCCUUCUCCUGAGCUCCAUCCUGGGCCGUGCAGCCGUGGCCCCCGUCACCUGGUCUGUCAUCUCCCUUCUUCGAGGGGAGGCCUACGUCUGCGCCCUCAGUGAGUUUGUGGACCCUUCCUCACUCACAGCUGGAGAUGAAGCCUUCCCCUCAGCUCACGCCACGGAGAUCCUAGCCAGGUUCCCUUGUGGAGAGGGCCCUGCCAACCUGUCAGGCUUCCGCGAGGAGGUCAGCCGUAGGCUCAAGUAUGAGUCCCAGCUCUUUGGAUGGCUGCUCAUCGGUGUGGUGGCCAUCCUGGUGUUCCUGACCAAGUGCCUCAAGCACUACUGCUCGCCACUCAGCUACCGCCAGGAAGCCUACUGGGCACAGUACCGCACCAAUGAGGACCAGCUGUUCCAGCGCACAGUGGAGGUGCAUUCAAGAGUGCUGGCUGCCAACAACGUGCGCCGUUUCUUCGGCUUUGUGGCCCUCAACAAGGAUGAUGAAGAGCUGGUCGCCAAGUUCCCAGUGGAAGGCACACAGCCACGCCCACAGUGGAAUGCUAUCACUGGGGUCUACUUGUACCGUGAGAACCAGGGCCUCCCACUCUAUAGUCGCCUACACAAGUGGGCCCAGGGCCUGACAGGUAAUGGCACAGCCCCUGACAACAUGGAGAUGGCCCUGCUCUCUUCCUAGAGCCAUCUUAGUCUCAAACAAACCCUCACAGUAUCCUCACCAGAUUUUUCUGUUAACUACAGUGUCUUGGGCAUGGACCAAUGGGACAUAAAACUAGGAGUUUGUAAGGAUCUUGUGGACCACAUUGUCCACAGAAACUGAGGAUGGGGUGGGAGGGGUUGGGGGCACUGACUUUGAAGACCUACUGAAAUCUGUGGCCACCAACACUGUUCACAACUAUGGACUUUGCCAGAGCUGGUCCUUCCCUAUGCCAUGGGUGGUCUUCGGUGGGCCUGCAAACUGAGAAGCAUCAGCUGGUGGAGCCUGGUGCUGUCCAAACCACUGGGGGCUCCUUAUUGUACAGGACACUUCCUGCAGUUAACUUGGGUCUAAUUGCAUAGGGAUGCCCAGCUCCUAUGUGUACAGCUAGGAAGCUGCCUCACCAUUGAGGCAUAUAUAUUUUAUAUAUUUAAACUUUUUGAUAAAGCUUUUCUUACUUUAAAAGCCUACACUGGUGUUUGUGCAACGGACAAGGGCAUGCAGCCCACUGUGAGAGGAAAUGGGACAAGAUUAAAGGGGACCAAAAAUUGGCACCAGUACAAGGCAGGUCAGAUGUCCUACCCAAGGGUCGAGUCUCUUGGGGAUUUGAUUGAGUUACCUGAUAUAAUCUAGUCAAAGGCAGCCUGGCCUUUUGCAGGGGGCAGCUCAGUGAAAAACAUCCCAUCAGAACGUCCUGCCCUGGGCAGGACUUGUACUAAAUAAACUCCAAGAACCAACA